GUUUCACGCAAGAAACGGCCGACUAAAAAAGAGACCCCUACGAAGGAGAGGGCAACAUCGACGAGAGCGAAGGCAGCGGCAACACACACGGGACAUCCUCAACGGAGACGGCGUGGGAACAGUCUGCUCUGUCUGUGAAAUGAAUCGCUACAAAGUUACCAAGCAAUUGGGCGAUGGCACGUACGGGUCGGUGCUCAAGGCUGUGAAUCGGACGUCGGGAGAAGUGGUCGCUGUGAAGAAGAUGAAGAAGAAGUUUUACACGUGGGAAGAGUGCAUGCAGCUUCGAGAGGUCAAGUCGUUGAAAAAACUCAACCACCCGAAUAUUAUUAAGUUAAAGGAAGUCAUACGCGAGAACGAUGAGCUGUUCUUCGUGUUCGAGUUCAUGGAGAACAACCUGUACGAGACCAUGAAAAAGCGGGACAGGCAUUUCCCCGAGUCCAAGAUCCGCAACUUGAUGUACCAAAUGCUCCAAGGCCUGGCCUUCAUGCACAAACACAGCUUCUUCCACCGUGACAUCAAGCCGGAAAACAUGCUCGUCAAAGGCGACGUGGUCAAAGUAGCCGAUUUCGGCCUGGCGCGCGAAAUCCGAUCACGCCCGCCGUUCACCGACUACGUGUCUACGCGAUGGUACCGAGCCCCAGAAGUUCUCCUGCGAUCAACGACGUACAACUCACCCAUCGACGCGUGGGCGAUGGGGUGCAUCAUGGCAGAAAUGUUUACGUUGAGGCCACUGUUCCCAGGGAGCAGCGAAGGGGACCAAAUAUACAAGAUUUGCUCCGUGCUUGGCAACCCCACGCACGCAAGUUGGCCCGAGGGCAUGAAGUUGGCGGCGCAGAUGAACUACCGGUUUCCCCAGUUCGUUCCUACGUCGCUGCAGUCCAUCAUACCCCACGCUAGCCCCGAAGCCAUCCAGCUCAUGCAAGACUUCAUGAAAUACGACCCGAACCAACGACCGACGUCCAGCCAAGCAUUACAAUACCCGUUUUUUCAAGUCAGCGUCAACAUCCCCUCGUCGUUGUCUACUCCAAAUGCCCCGCCCCAACCCACAUCAUUGGCUGGCACGACGACCCCCGUCGAGAAGUCGCCUUCCACGACGCCACUUAGUUCCAAGUCGCCGACAUCAAAUUACGGCCCCGUCCCGCCUCCCAGUUAUCAACAACCCGCGAUUGAAACGUUCAAUGCCGCAAGCACAAACUUCCGCACAAACUCGUCGAACGCGCUCCCCACCGCCGCGAAAAUCGCCCCUCGGAACGCCAUCGCAGCUGCGGGCAACACAUUGUUCGGGUCCGGCCCUGGCGACCCCCUCGGGCCGCAGUCGGGCGUACUGGACACCACCGCGCAAGGGAAUCGGUACGUCCGUCAAGCGCGCUAUGGCCCUGGCAUGGGCAACUCGGAAAACCACGAAAAUGGCGCAGCACCCGAUUUACUGUCGGGCGGCAAGAGGCCAUUUCAGUCCAGUUACAACCCCAACGUCCCGUUGGUCCCCAAACCCACCGCGACUACCAACCCUACGGGGCUAGGGUCCCAACUGUACAGCCGGCAUAACUUUUAGCGCACGGAGGAGCGGCAAAGUCUGCGAUGGAUUGGAUGUGCCCUCCGUCAUUCAACGCGCUGGGGCUGUCGGUCGUUUGCACUGGUGCUGGGAUAGAUUAGCUAGGAUAGGUUUAUUCACUCUGAAUAGUAGCGUAUUUUACACUCAAA